AUGGCGCAUACCGUAAAUGAUGAAAAACAUUUGAAAUCUUGUCUCUCUCAUAUCAUCGAUCUUGUUGAUAAAUGUUUACAGAAUCUGAAAGUAAAACAACGGCCUCCUACACCGACCACAAUUCCACAGCCUUCUAACAAUUCAACAGCAGCAGGAGCAAGUGACGAUGUUCUGCUUGCAAAUUCUCAACUGAAUAAUAACAUAAAUACAUUUACAUUAAAUGCGGAUGAAAAUCAAUUAUUAGAUGAAUUAACAUCGGAUAUCCAAGGAACACUUGAACAAUCUUUACCACAUUUAUCAAAAAUUUGUUCAAAUUAUGUAGAAGAUUUUUUACAUUCAUAUCAUUAUGAUCGUGGCAGUCGAACAUUUACAUCAUCUUUAACAAUGAAUGUAUUAUGUUCGUUUUAUAGUGAAUUAAAAGGCCUAUUAGCUGCAAGUGAAGCGUUUCCGGCGGCAUUCAAUGGUCAAUUAACAAUUGUUAAAGAUUUUCUAAAACAAUAUCCAAUGUUUAAAGAUAAACCCGGGCUGUGGGAAACAACUUUAUUAUAUUCAGCAGCUCGUAAUAAUCGUUUUGAUAUUGUUAAAUAUUUAAUUGAACAAGUACAUUGUUCAGUUAAUGCACAAAAUCAACGUGAUAUGAGUUAUGCAUUAGAUUCACAGACUACGGCUAAUUUCACACCGCGUCCAACGGCCGCAUCAACAGCCCUUCAUGGUGCUUGUUUUAAUAGUCAUUUACCUGUGGUUCAGUAUUUAGUAGAACAUGGAGCUGAUUAUUUCAUUAAAAAUCAAGCUUAUGAAACGCCAAUAAUGAAUGGUGAACACAAUCCAGAUAUAAAACAAUAUUUUCAAGAUUAUUUAGUGCUCGGCUAUUCUGCUGUUCAACAACAUUCUCCACGUUUACCAGAUCGACCGAUUAUGGAUGAAGAACAACGACCAUCGUCAACACCAGAUUGUCUAUGGGAAUAUAAACCAAUCCAAGAUCGUGAAUGGUAUAAAUUUUCAUCUGGAGAAGCACAUGAAUUACAUCAAGCAUUAUUACCUUCUAAAGAAGAAUUUCAACAACAAAUUCACCUGAAAGUACGUCAUGGUCUAUAUAAUAUUUCGAUGAUUGAAUUUAUUCGUUCUGGAAAAAGUGAACAAGAGCCCCAGAAAAACAUGGCUUGGGUCAGGUGUAGGGGAUCAAGUAUUCUAAAUUUUGAUUGUUUUUCGAUAUGGCAAUUGAUGUUAAUACAACAUCCCAAACUUCCGAGCAGUGGUGCAAAUUUGAUCCCAUCAUUACAAAUAAAACAAUUACCAACAUUGAUUAACAGUCGAUUUAAACUUCAAUUAAAUACAUGGUACAGCUGUGAUGCCAAAACAAACUCACUGUUAGAUGAUUCAAUGAAUUAUAGAAGAAAACAGUUGAUUGCCGUUGAUAUCCCAUUUGUUGAUGAUCAAUUACAAUUGAAUUUACAAACGUUCACCUUCACAAAUAAUGUAAAAACAAUCGCUGGUCAUUUAAGAUGGAUACCAAAAUUAAUUUCAAAUAGUGAACAAAAUAAACUGAAGGUUGUACACAUAGAUAAUUACCAAACAAUGACAAAUCUGCAACCAAUUCCUCUGACAACAAAGCAUCUGAAAGAAGUUCUACAUAUGAAAAAUGCUAAUCUUAAUCAAACAGAUGUUGAGCAAAUGGAUCAAGAUGAUGAUGUCAUAAUAACACCAAAUGAUGGAGGAGGUAAUGAAGGUGAAUCAGAUGACGACGAUAAUGGAGGAGAUUCAAGUUCAAAUAAAAAUAAUAAAAUAUCUACCACUACAGCUAACAAUGGUAUAUGGAGUGUAACUGAUUUAAAUGAAGAAAAUACCGUCAUUCAGAAACCUCCUUCUGCCGUUCCUGUUGCAACCACUACUGCUAAAAAUCUUCAAAUAUCUCCUGAUAGUUUUUUCUGUGAAACAGCUGGUCGUCUUAAACAACCACCUCUUAUCGAAAAAUCCAAUACCACAUUGAAUACUGAAGCUACAGCCGAUCUCACUUCAAAACUCGAGUCAGAAAAUCAAAAAUUAAAAGAACAAAUUGAACAACUGAAAAUCGAACAACAAACACAAUCACAACAAAAAAUGACCAAAGAAAAAGAACAACAAUUCCAAGAGCAACGUGAGCGUUUAGAUAAGCUACAACAACAAUUUAAUGAAAAAAAAGUUUUAGAACAAAAAUUAAAAGAUUAUUCCAAACAAAUUAAAACUGUUGAUUAUAAUAAUAUUGAAUUGGUUGUCGUACAACAAUAUCUUUGGUAUAAAACAGACAAAAUAUUAAAAUAUUUGAAUACGAAGCAACGAAUGGAUGAUUAUUUCGUUGGGAAAGUACCGAAAAUGGCAUUUAAUGAUAAUAAUAAUAAUGGUGAAAUAUUUAUUGUUUCAGUCACUGGAUUUCAAAUACAUCAAGAUGAAUUCAAGUUAGUUCUACAACGAAUACAAACCUUAUCAAAUGUAACACAAUCAGCAAAAGAUUAUUAUCAACGCCAAUCAACCAAGAGCGUAGAAACUCUAACACAGAUACUAACACAACAGAUUCAUCAGUCACAAGACUGGAAAUAUUAUACGAAAUAUUUUUUUCAGUUAGUUAGAGAAAAAAGUAAAGAAUAUGUAAAAUUGUUUGAUGAAUAUAUAACAAAGAAAUCAAAGCAACUCAUAGAUCAAUGUAUUGUAGAUGUUGAAUUCCAACCGUGGGUUGAAUUAAGAAAACAAACUGAUAAAUAUAUGAAAAAUAAAUCAUUCACGUCGGAAUUAGAACUGUUAAAACAGCAAGCACUUGACGAAUAUAUUAAACUACAAGUAUUAUCUCAGCAAUUAAAAUUUGAUAAGAAACCAUCAAAACGAUCAACACAGGUAAUGAAUGAUUUUAUUGAUAAAGUAAAACAAGAUUUUAAAACAAACCAGACGUAUGUAGGAAGUGAAUUUAAACAUUUUAAACUAAUACCAAAAUUGUUACAACGUAUCAUGUUAUACUAUCGUUGUUUUUAUUUACAAUUACCGUUGUAUGAAUCGGCUAAAGAGUUACUGGAGAAAAUUGAACAGAAUACAGUGAUUACAAUAGCAACAUCAACUGGAUCAGGUAAAAGAGCCCUUUUCGAAAAAGAGUGA